GAGGUGCGGCAGGCCACGCCCACUCGCUAACGGUUUUUGCGUCGAUGCUCAGGUUUCUCCAGUCACUGUCUUCAGGAGCCGCUUUCACCUAUGUGGCUGUUUUAGUUUGACACGAUGACAGACGCGGCAGAGGGCGACGAGGAAUAUCAGUUUCUACGCAAGGGGGAUGAGGUGGUUUUACAGAGUACCUUCACCUCUCAAGCAGAACAUGCGAAGCUCUGUCUUGCAGCGGAGGGAUUUGGCAGCAGACUUUGCAGGCUCGAGGCCACCUCUAACUGCCAGAAUGUCCCACCAGACCUGUCUGUGUGUGGCUUUGUCUUAGCCCAAUGUUUGUCUGUCCGGGCCCUGCAGGAGAUGGUGACGCAUAGUCAUCACCCAGAAGCCGAGGUGGAUGCUGGAGGAAGCCAUCGCACCCUUCUGUAUGGGCAGGCAGUGUUGUUCCUACACUCAUUCAGUGGCAUGUAUCUUAGCUGCUUGUCUUCAUCCCAAUCUUCAACUGACAAGCUGGCUUUUGAUGUUGGCCUGCAAGAGGAUAAAGCAGGUGAGGCGUGUUGGUGGACCAUCCACCCAGCCUCCAGACAGAGAUCAGAGGGUGAGAAAGUGCGUGUUGGAGAUGAUCUGAUACUGGUUAAUGUGUCCUCAGAAAGAUAUCUGCACCUGUCCUUCGGUGCUGUAACAGACAACAGAAGCUUGAGUGACAAGGUGAUUGUUAAUGCAGCCUUCCAGCAGACUCUCUGGAGUGUCGCUCCCAUCUGCUCUAGAGGUGGAGUUGCUCAAGGAUACCUAAAAGGGGGUGACACGUUGCGGAUACUCCACAGCCACAGUGACGCAUGUCUGACAAUUCCCUCUACAGAGCAGGGAGAGGACCUGCAAAGGAUAAUGCAUUAUGAAAUUGGAUCAGCCUCUGGCUAUGCUCGCUCUCUCUGGAGACUGGAGAUUCUUCGUGUCGCCUGGAGUGGCAGACAUACAUGCUGGGGCCAGCCAUUCAGACUAUGCCACAUAACUACUGGGAGGUACCUAGGUCUUACAGCAGACCGAGGCCUGCAUCUUGUUGAUCGGGACAAAGCAGACAUCAACACAACCUCUUUCUGCUUUCAACCCUCAAAGGAGAAGCUUGACGCUGGCACAAAGUCUAAUGCUGAUGGCAUGGGCAUCCCCGAGAUCAAGUAUGGAGAUUCUGUUUGUUAUGUUCAUCAUGUUGCAUCUGGACUCUGGCUCACCUAUCAAUCCACUGAUGCAACAUCUCCUCGCACAGGGGGAGUUCAACGGACGGCCAUUUUGCACAAUGAGGGGCACAUGGAUGAUGGGCUGACACUGUCACGUUCCCACAAGGAGGAAUCUCAAACCGCCUGUCUCAUCCGGAGUGCUUUUUUUCUAUUAAAUCACUUUAUCAGGGAACAAGGAAACUUGUCUUCAGUCAGUUCGCCAGUGGAGAAGCUGAGGUGUAGUCUGCAAGAUUUAAUAAGGCAUUUCCAACCACCACUGGAUGGGCUAGACCAUGAAGCGAAACAGAAUAGCAUGACAGCACUAAAGAAUCGGCAGAACAUGUUUCGAGAAGAGGGUGUGAUAGAUUUGGUUCUGGAUUGUAUAGACCGGCUACACCAGUAUAGUAAUGCUUCACACGUUCCUGAAGUGGCUCAGAGUGAGAUGGGAGAAGAAUGGGAAACCAUAUUAAACCUUUUGUAUGAGCUGCUAGCUGCUCUGAUCCGAGGGAACCGUGUAAACUGUGCACAUUUCUCAGGCUCUCUUGACUGGCUGAUUAGUAGGCUUGACCGACUGGAGGCUUCCUCUGGGGUCAUGGAUGUUCUGCACUGUGUCCUAGUGGAAAGUCCUGAGGCACUCAAUGUCAUCAAAGAAGGGCACAUUCAUUCUAUCAUCUCUUUCCUUCAUAAGCACAGACACAACCACAAGGUGCUUGAGGUGCUGUGCUCUCUGUGCGUGUGCCAUGGUGUAGCAGUGCGGUCCAAUCAGAACCUCAUCUGUGACAAUCUCCUGCCAGAAAGAGACUUGCUGCUCCAAACACGCCUGGUUAAUCAGGUCACAAGCAUGAGGCCAAACAUCUUCUUGACCAUGGGGGAAGAGUCAGCUCAGAACCGGAGGUGGUACUAUGAGCUGGUUGUUGAUCAAGUCGACCCCUUCCUCACACCUGAGCCCACUCACCUGCGUGUUGGCUGGGCUUGCACCGAGGGCUAUCACCCCAGGCCCACUGGAGGAGAAGGCUGGGGAAGCAAUGGGGUGGGAGACUGCCUGCGCUCCUAUGGCUUUGAUGGGCUUUAUCUUUGGUCAGGCUGUGUGGGCCGAAGAGUAAGUUCUCCCUUUCCUCACCUGCUGAAAAAUGACGACGUGGUCAGCUGCUGUCUUGACCUCACUGCUCCCUCCAUCUCCUUCCGGGUCAACGGUCUCCCUGUGCAGGGCAUGUUGGAGAACUUCAACGCUGUUGGAUUUCUUUAUCCUGUGGUCAGCUUUUCAGCCGGAGUCAAGGUUCGUUUUCUCUUUGGAGGACGUCAUGGAGAGUUUCGCUUCCUACCCCCACUGGGUUUUGCUCCAUGCACAGAGGCUUUGCUCCCAAAAACCAAACUGACAUUAGAGCCUUGUCAUAAAUAUAUCUCAGAUUACGGAGAUGGGAAACAUGAACUUACUGGUCCCUUGGUACCAGUCUCUCCAGUUACUUUUACACCCACACCCGUAGACAUAAGCAAGGUGGUACUGCCCCCACAACUUCAGGACAUUAAAGAAAAAAUGGCACAAAAUAGCCAUGAACUGUGGGCAAUGGACAAAAUUGACCUUGGAUGGACAUAUGCACCUGUGAGAGAUGAAAGUAAGAAGAAUGAACCUUGCCUUGUGGGGUUCUCUAGGCUUCCAGAGCAGGAGAGGAACCAGAAUCUUCAGAUGGCUGAGGACAUCCUCAGGACUCUACUUGCCCUUGGUUUCCACAUUGGUUUGACUGAUGUCAGUGCUGAAGAGAGAGUCAAAUACAUGAGGCUAUCGAACAAGUAUGAGCAGCCCAGUGGUUUCAGACCUGCCCCAAUAGACAUGAGCCAGGUUACUGUGAGCCCAGCCAAUGAUGAAGUGAUUAACUUGUUGGCAGAGAAUGAUCACAAUGCGUGGGCUAAAGAACGUGUCAAGCAGGGAUGGACAUAUGGAGCCCAACAGGAUGUGAAAUGGAAGCGGAGCCCAUACCUUGUGCCUUAUAACCUCCUUGAUGAAAGGAAUAGGAGAUCGGGCAGGGAAAGUGUCAGAGAAGCUGUCUGUGUUCUGCUGCUCUAUGGUUACAGCCUCGAGCCCCUCAGCCAGGAACUGACCACAUUAUCAAAAACAUCUCUAUUUUCUGCUGAGAAGUGCAGAGUGUUCAGAGCAGAUAAAUCUUAUGCUGUGACCCAGGGGAAGUGGUAUUUUGAAUUUGAAGCACUGACAGCAGGGAAUAUUAGAGUGGGCUGGGCUCGACCAGGCUGCACUGCAGAUAAGGAGCUUGGCUCAGAUGACCAGGCAUAUGUCUUUGAUGGAUCUGAGGCUCAGUGGUACCAUCAGGGUGGUGAGCCCCUGGGACGUUUGUGGCAGAGAGGCGAUGUGGUGGGUUGCUUGGUGGACAUGGAUGAACAGACCAUGAUGGUCACGCUCAAUGGAGAGGUUCUGUUUAAUGACAGAGGAUCAGAACUGGCUGCCAAGGAUUUUGAAAACAAAGACGGCCUUUUACCUGUGGUCAGUGUUGGGGUGAACCAGAUGGGGAGGCUGAACCUAGGCCGUCAAGUCGCCACUCUACAGUACUAUACUGUGUGUGGUCAGCAGGAAGGCUAUGAACCAUUUGCUGUCAACAUGGCCAGAGAUCCAGCCUUGUGGAUGAGUUGGAAACAGCCUCAGUUUACCUGCAUAAAACCUGAUGAUCACAACGUGCAGGUGGUUAAAGUCAGUGGAUCAGUGGAUUCCUUAUCACACCUGAGAGUUUCUCAGCGGUUGUUUGGUCACCACAAUGGAGCUGCCGACAUUGGCUUUUACCGAAUCAGCAUGUCAGUUCAAUGUGCAUCUACCCUCACUAGUCCUGCAGGCGUUGUGCUUCCAGUGACUUCCAAUGUUGUUUCACCAGGAAGGAAGGAGCAAGAGGAGGUGGACUCUGAGUUUGAAGUGUUGAUGAAAUCAGCCCACAGUUUUGCUGGCUCAAGGGAUGAGCUCUGCAAUAAGGAUCAUAGCCAAGACAAAACAUCAAGACUGAAACAACGGUUCAUGCUCAAGAAGACUAAACCAGGACUAGUCAGCAGCAACUCUUCGGCACGUCUUUUAGAAGAUGUCGUAGCUGACAAAGAUAACUACGAACACCUCAUCUCUAGCUCCAGAUUUUAUUACUCAGUGAGGGUUCUUCCCGGCCAGGAGCCAUUCAAUGUGUGGGUGGGAUGGGUGACUCCUGACUUUCAUUCGUGUGAUAUGGCAUUUGACAGCGAUGCUGUUCACACUGUGACUGUCACCCUUGGAGAUGACAGUGGUAAAGUGCAGGAAAGUGUGAAGCGGUCCGACUGUUACAUGGUGUGUGCUGGAGAAGCAACAGGCCUGUCUCAGAGUCGGAGAAGCUCAGGGCUAGAAAUUGGCUGUUUGAUAGACACCGCGACAGGUCUGCUCACAUUUACCUCCAGUGGAGUCGAGAUGGCCACCUUCUACCAAGUGGAACCCAGCACAAAGCUUUUUCCUGCUGUAUUUGUUAAAUCAACCACCAGCAACAUGUUUCAGUUUGAACUAGGGAGCAUUAAGAAUGUGAUGCCAUUAUCAGCAGGUUUACUCCGCAGCCAUCGGAGAAAUACAUCUCCUCAGUGUCCCCCAAGGUUUCAGGUCCAGCAUCUCAGCACAGGCACCUGGACCAGAGUGUCAGACCAAGCAUUGAAGGUGCUGGUGGAUCGGCCAGAUGAUUUCAAUGGCUGGAGAAUCCAGUGCACUGAGCCCCAGCAAGUCAUGACCCUACAGAUCCCUGAUGAAAACAGGUGUGUUGACAUUUUGGAGCUCUCCGAACUUGACGAUCUCUUGACCUUUCAUUACCACACGCUCCUCCUCUACUGCUCUUUAUGUGCCUUUGGCAACACCAGAGUUUGUCAUGCCCUCUGCAGUCACGUGGACCAGUCACAAAUGUUUCAUGCCAUUCAGAAUCCCAGCCUACCUGGCUCACUCCGCUCUGCUUUUUACCAGCUACUUAUUCAGAUUCAUCUUAACAGUCACAUGACAGCAUGCGUUACUAUGAGCCAUGAGUAUAUUGUCCCAAUGUCAGACCAGAUCAGAGACACCGCCUUUUGUCCCAGUUCUUCGAAUGACUGGAUUGGUGAGAGUUUCAAACCUUUGGAUGGAUUUCCCAACAGCAGUUGUAGCACAACCCUUAAACCACAGUUGGGUUUCUUAGCACCUUGUUUUGUCUGGAACGAGGAGGUUGGAGAAGAUGGUUCACCUGAAAAAGCUUUCACGGACAGCCCAGAAAUCCCACUGGACAUUCUGAAGAAUCUGACUGUGAAGAUGCUGACAUCAGGAGUCUGGGCUGUGGGUCAUGGUGUGAGGGAUCCUGUAGGAGGCGGCAUUGAUUUUCUGCUGGUUCCGCUAAUUAGGCUAUUCCAUACCUUAUUGGUAAUGGGAGCAUUUCAGGAUAAAGAUCUGGGUGAAGCUCUGAGACUAAUAGAGCCAGAAGUCUUCUCUAUGACUUCUGACACCUAUGAGAAUGAUGAAACAAGAGAGGGUGAGGAUGAAGAGGAAUGGACACGGGACAAGAAAAAUAAACAUUACCCUCCUAAACAGGGACUUCUUCAAAUGAAGCUCUCAGAAGCUGUAAAACUUGAGCUUUGCCAUUUGCUGUCCUACCUGUGUGAUUGCCAGGUGCGCCACAGGGUGGAAGCUGUAGUUGCCUUCUCUGACAUCUUUGUGCAGCAGCUUCAGGAGAACCAGCGCUGGCGCUACAACCAGGUUGUGGAAGCUCUCAACAUGUCUGCAGCUCUCACUGCUCGCAAGACCAAGGAGUUCCGUUCACCCCUCGAAGAGCAGAUGAAAAUGCUGCUGAGCUUCAGAAAGGGUGAGCAGCAGGAGAACUGCUCAUGUCCAGUUGAAAUUCAACAGCUCCUGCAAGACUUUCAUCAGCUCCUUAGCACACAUUGUGGCAUUGAAUUGGACACUGACUCAGAUGAUGAAGAGAAUGCUGAGAUGUCUGUAAGAGAUUGGCUUUUCAGCCUAGUGCCAAAAAUCAUUGGAGCAAGGAAGACAGCCAUAGAAGCAGGAAAGUGUAUGCUGCAGAGUGCCCAAUCCCUUAAGAAGCUGAUCUCUGAGACAAUGGUACGCUGGGCUCAAGAGAGUGAGAUGGAAGACCCUGAACUGGUCAGGGCUGUUUUUAACUUGCUGCAUCGCCAGUAUGAGGGUCUUGAUGGGCAAAUGGCACGACCACUGUCAAGGGCCUAUUGCAUCAGUCAGGCUUCGGUUGAUGACACAAUGUGUCUGCUAGCCUCCCUGGGCCAAAUACGUUCUCUUCUCAGUGUCCGCAUGGGUAAAGAAGAGGAGAGACUCAUGAUCAGAAAACUAGGAGAUAUCAUGAACAAUAAAGUUUUCUACCAGCACCCCAACUUAAUGAGGGCAUUGGGGAUGCAUGAGACAGUGAUGGAGGUGAUGGUGAAUGUUCUAGGAGAAGGAGAGUUGAAGGAGAUUACUUUUCCAAAAAUGGUGGCCAGCUGCUGCAGAUUCCUGUGUUACUUUUGCCGUAUCAGCUGUCACAAUCAGGGAGCAUUGUUUGACCAUCUCAGCUACCUGCUGGAAAAUAGCCGUGUUGGAUUAGCUUCACCAUCAAUGCGUGGUGCCACUCCCUUGGAUGUGGCAGCUGCCUCUGUAAUGGAUAAUAUUGAACUAGCCUUAGCAUUAAAUGAGUCCGACUUGGAAAAGGUGGUGCAGUACCUUGCUGGCUGUGGUCUGCACAGCUGUCCAAUGCUAGUGGUUAAAGGCUAUCCAGACAUUGGUUGGAAUCCUGUGGAGGGAGAGCGAUACCUGGACUUUCUGCGGUUUGCUGUCUUCUGCAAUGGUGAGAAUGUAGAGGAGAAUGCUUAUGUAGUCCUGAGGUUGCUCAUUCGCCGUCCUGAAUGCUUUGGCCCUGCCUUGCGAGGUGAUGGGGGGAAAGGUCUCCUUGUGGCCAUGAAGGAAGCCAUCAGGAUGUCUGAAGAUCUGUCUGUUGAUGGACCUUCUUCCACAUACCAGGAUCCUGUCCAGGAUAACGAUGAUGACCUCAUUCAUAUGGGGCAUGCCAUUAUGACUUUCUAUUCAGCCCUUAUUGACUUGUUGGGACGCUGUGCGCCAGAGAUGUAUUUGAUACAACAAGGCAAAGGAGAUGCCAUUCGCAUCAGGGCAAUUCUGAGGUCACUCAUCCCCAUUCAGGAUCUUGAGGGAGUUAUUAGCAUCUCCUUUCAAACCCCCUCGGUCUCUAAAGAUGGUCAGGUACAUGAACCUGACCUUUCUACAGUGUUUUGCCCAGACCACAAGGCAGCUAUGGUUCUGUUCCUGGACCGGGUUUAUGGCAUUGAGUACCAGAGUUUCUUUCUUCAUCUAUUAGAAGUUGGCUUUUUGCCUGACUUUCAGGCAGCUGUCUCGCUUGACACUGCUGAUUUAGGAUCCACCGAUAUGGCCCUAGCCCUGAAUAGAUACUUGUGUACAGCUGUGCUUCCCCUCAUCACGAAAUGUUCUUCUCUCUUCUGUGGAUUGGAGGACCAUGCCGUGGUGGUUGAUUCUCUUAUCCAAGCAAUCUAUAGCCUCUCCAAGGCACUUAGCUUGACCAAGGCUCAAAGAGACACUAUUGAAGACUGUUUAUUGGCUGUGUGCAGUAAGCUUCAGCCCUCAAUGAUUCAGCCAUUUUUUAGACGUCUUGUCUUUGAUGCUCCCGAUCUCUCAAACCACAGCAUGAUACCACUGAAGCUCUUAACCAGCCUCUAUGAGCAGAGAUGGAAGUACUACUAUUCACCAACUCGAGGGCAAAGUGACCAUGAUUUGGCCUCAGAAGAUGAGCUUCAUCUGUCUAAAAAGUUGUUCUGGGGAGUGUUCAAGGCCUUGGCAAAGAAGCCCUAUGAGUCUCAGUUGUAUAGACUGUCUGUUCAAUGCCUGACAACAGUGGCCAGCGCUCUGCCUCCAAACCACAUGGACAACAGUUGUUUGUCGCAGCAGGGGAGAAAGGUGUCCAUUGACACAGAUAUGCACUUUGAUCCCCAGCCAGUAGACACUUCCAAUGUGUCAGUCCCAGAGAAACUGGAGUUUGUAGUUAACAAAUAUGCUGAACAUACCCAUGAGAAGUGGUCACUGGACAAGUUUGUCAAUGGCUGGGUUCAUGGAGAUCAGCUAUGUGAGAACACAAAGGUUCAUCCUCUGCUCAAGCCGUACAGGGCUCUGGCUGAGAAGGAGAAGGAGGUGUACCGCUGGGCCAUUAAAGAAACAAUAAAGAGCAUGCUGGCCUUUGGAUGGAGCAUAGAAAGAACUAAAGACUGGGAUGCAUUUGAUAUGCACACCUGCACACGCAGAAUCUCUCAAUCAGGACAGCUGUCCUUUGAAGGAACCUCAACCUUCAGCCCCAAACCUGUGGACUUGAGCAGCAUCACAUUAUCAUGGGAGCAAUGCGCAAUGGCUGAACAGUUAGCUGAAAACUACCACAGUGCCUGGGCUAAGAAGAAGAAAUUAGAGUUUGGAGGUAAAGAAGAGGCUGGUCAUUCUUUGCUUGUACCUUUUGACACCCUGACUGCCAAAGAGAAGAACAAAUUCAGAGAAAGAGCUCAUGAUAUCCUCAAGUUCCUUCAGCUCAAUGGCUACACUGUGCGGAGGGAUCGGAGGACACUUGAGAUGGACUUUCCAGCCAAAGCUACCUGCUUCGGUUACAUUUUCCUUCAGCGAAUGGUGCUUCACACUGAGGAUGUCCAAGAGCACAUACUGGAACUGGAGGUGAUGCAAGCAAGAGGACCGACGUCUAAAGGAGAGAAAGCUUCAAACCAGCAACCAAUAAAUUUCUUUUUCAAGGUCAUCCUUCCUCUUCUGGAACAAUAUGUGAAAAGCCAUCGCCAAUAUUUCCUGUCCAGUUCUUUUUGCUUCAGUGAUAAUAGAUGUCAUGCUUCCAAAAAGGAAAAGGAAAUAAUUGCAAGCCUCUUUUGUAAGCUUGCUGCUCUUGUAAGACACAGAAUAUCACUCUUUGGAAAUGAUGCAUCAUCAGUCGCAAGCACCCUCCAUGUUUUGGCUCAGACUCUGGAUGCUAGGACAUUGAUGAAGUCCAGUUCGGCGUCUGUCUGGGGAUUUUUACAUUCAUUCUUUGAAGCAUCUGCAGUUGAUCUUGAGAUGACACUGGAAAACCUUUCUGUUACCUUCGUCUCUUUGCCUCAGAGCAGGAAUCAGCAGUCUAAAGGAGUGGCCAAUGUUCUCAGUUACACAACCUCCAUCCUUAUUCCCACCCUCACUUCACUCUUCCAGCAUAUUGGCAACCAAAGCUAUGGAGUGGAUAUCCUGGUGGAGAGAAUUCAGGUGUCGUGUUACAGGAUCCUAAACAGCCUAUAUUCUCUUGGCACCAGUAGGAGCAUCCACAUGACAGGGCAAAGGCCAGCAGCAGGUGCUUGUCUGGCAGCUCUGACUGGGGCUUUUCCUGUAUGUUUCCUGGAGCCAGAACUCAACCAAAAUAACCCCUACUCCAUCUACAACACAAUGAGUGAUACUCAAAGAGAAGAUCUGGGAUUGCCAGAGCAGGUGGAGGACAUGUGUCCUCUUCUGCCUUCUCUGGAACAGACCCUGGGUGAAGUGGAGGUGUUGGCAGAGGCUGGUGCUGGAGCUCUACAGACCCACUAUCUCCAUGUCACUGAGGUCACUUUGCCCAUGCUGUGCAGCUAUAUGUCCCGGUGGUGGCGCUGGGGCCCUGAGGGUCAUCCAGCCCAUCCAAACUGCACCGCUGUUAUUCCUCAGCAUGCCAGUGACCUACUUGGCAGUAUUCUCCGUAUAAUUCACAACCAUGUGGGCAACAGCCAGGGUGAUUGGAUGAAACAUCUGGCAGUGUUUUCUCAGUCAAUCAUAUGCAAAGCCAGCACUGAGCUGCUGAGAAGCCACUUUAUACCACUGAUGGAAAAGUUAAGGAAGAGAGCAGAAUGUGUGAUGCUGGAGGAAGAGCAGAUGAAGGCAGAAGGCUGUUGUGCCUCUGAAGAGGAGUUACAGAUCCAGGAAAAGUUCACUGUGUUGGUUCGAGAUCUCUACGCCUUCUAUCCCAUAGUUAUCCCAUUUGUGGAUUUAAAUAGGGCCAGCUGGCUGAAAGAGUCAAACCCCGAGGCUGAGCAGCUGUUCAGCAUGGUGGCAGAGGUCUUUAUAUUCUGGGCCAAAUCUCAUAAUUUUAAAUGGGAGGAACAGAAUUAUGUGGUUACAAAUGAAAUCAAUAACUUGGCAUUUUUGGUCAACAAAGACAACAUUUCCAAGUCAAGCCAUGAGAGAAAGAAGAUAAGGAGGAAGGGGGACCGGUAUUCCACAAACACAUCUCUAAUUGUGGCUUCCAUUAAGAGGCUACUCCCUGUGGGACUCCAUGUUUGUUUCCCAGUCGACCAUAGCCUCAUCAUGCUGGCUAAGACUAGAUUCUCUCAGAAGAACACUGAAGAUGAGAUUCGAGAGCAUGUUCUUAAUGGCCUCAUACAACUUCAGAAUCAGCCAAUAAAUGGUACAAGGCAAGAAAGUAAAUCUGACCAGCGAAGACUGAUUAUUGAUAUCCCAAAGAGUCUGGACCAGAUUCUGAGAGUAGCUCGAGUCCUCUAUUACCUAGAACAGGUGGAACAUCCCCAUCGACAUAACAAACCUGCGUGGCACACGGUCCUAUCUAAACAGAGGAAACGUGCAGUGGUGGCUUGCUUAAGGAUGACUCCCCUCUACAAUCUGCCAAGGCACAGAGCUGUAAACCUGUUCCUCCAAGGCUACAAUAAAUCUUGGAUUUCAGCUGAAGUCCACAACUUUGAGGAAAGGCUUGUUGAUGACUUAGCUAAAGGAAGAAUGAUGGAGCUGCGUGGAGAUGGCCGAGGCAAAGAAAAGGAUGCGGAAAAAGGCGCCAAACCAAUCGAUCCGCUCAUGCAGCUGAUUACAUUCUUCAGUCGAAGCUCCCUGACAGAAAGGAGUAAGCUUGGAAACGACAGUCUCUACAAGACCUAUGCUGCUAUAAUGGCCAAGAGUUGCCACAGAGACGAUGAUGAUGCUGAUGCUGAUGCUGAUGAUGGUGUUAAUAAUGAACAUGAGGCUGAAAGUUUUGAAGAGAAGGAAAUGGAGAAACAAAGGAUGCUGUACCAGCAGGCUAGGUUGCAUUGUCGUGGCGCUUCAGAAAUGGUUCUGCAAAUGAUAAGUGCCAGCAAAGGGGCAAUGGACUCAAUGAUUUCACCCACACUCAAGCUGGGUAUUGCUGUUCUUAAUGGAGGGAAUGUCACUGUUCAGCAGAAAAUGCUCCAUUAUCUGCAAGAUAAGCGAGAUGUUGGCUUCUUUCAGAGCAUGGCUGGUCUCAUGCAGUCAUGUAGUGUUCUGGAUCUGAACGCAUUUGAGAGGCAGAACAAAGCAGAAGGAUUAGGCAUGGCCAUGGAUGAGAGCUCAGGAGAGAAGGCGAUGCCCGAUAAAGACCUAACUUGUGACCUGUUCCGUUUUCUGCAGCUACUCUGUGAAGGACACAACUUAGAUUUCCAGAAUUACUUGAGAACGCAAACAGGAAACAACACCACUGUCAACAUUAUUAUAUCCACUGUGGACUAUUUACUAAGAGUACAGGAAUCAAUCAGUGACUUCUACUGGAACUACUCAGGAAAGGAUGUCAUUGAUGCACACGGUCAACACAACUUCUCUACGGCUAUUGAAGUAGCUAAACAGGUCUUCAAUACCCUCACAGAGUACAUACAGGGCCCAUGUACUGAGAAUCAACAGAGUCUAGCUCACAGUCGUCUGUGGGAUGCUGUAGUGGGUUUCCUCCACGUCUUUGCCCACAUGCAGAUGAAGCUCUCUCGGGAUUCAAGGCAAAUUGAGCUUUUGAAACAGUUGAUGGACUUACAAAAGGACAUGGUUGUGUUUCUGCUUUCCAUGUUGGAGGGUAAUGUUGUCAAUGGAACUAUUGGAAAGCAGAUGGUGGAUAUGUUGGUGGAGUCGUCGGGCAAUGUGGAGAUGAUCCUGAGGUUUUUUGACAUGUUCCUCAAACUUAAAGACCUCACCUCCUCUGAUGCCUUCAGAGAGUAUGACCCUGACCAUAAGGGAUGCAUUUCCAGGAAGGACUUUCAGAAAGCCAUGGAAAAUUGCAAACGUUUCUCGCUAACUGAGAUGAAUUUCCUACUUUCCUGCAUGGACAAUAAUGAAAGUGAUAUGGUCCAUUAUGAGGCCUUUGUCAGUCGCUUCCAUGAACCAGCUAAAGACAUUGGGUUCAGCAUCGCGGUUCUACUCACCAAUUUGUCUGAACACAUGCCCACAGAUCCGAGACUAAGGACAUUCCUGGAGCUGGCAGACUCUGUCCUGACUUACUUCCAGCCCUCUCUAGGAUGUAUUGAAAUUCUUGGCAGUGGGAAGCGUAUUGAACGUGUCUACUUCGAGAUCAGUGAAGCUAGCCGCACACAGUGGAAGAAGCCCCAGGUCAAAGAGUCCAAGAGGCAGUUCAUUUUUGAUGUGGUCAAUGAGGGAGGAGAGAAGGAAAAGAUGGAGAUGUUUGUGAAUUUUUGUGAGGACACUAUAUUUGAGAUGCAGCUUGCAGCACAAAUAUCUGGAUCUGAUGUUGGAGAAAAGCACACACCAGAAGAACUGGAGGAAAAGACAAAGAGCAAGGAGGAAGACCCCAAAGGACUGUUUUUCAUAAAUCACUGCUGGUUGUUGUUGACAUCGCUUCUUUCUGUUAAAAGCCUGAAGAAACUGAUGAAGAUGACUCUAAAGGACAUCCUAAUGCUGGCUCUUUUCUUCAUUAGAUUCAUUUUUAUGACUCAAGUUCAGUGCAUUUGUGUUGUCAUUCGCAGCAUUCUGUAUGUGCUGUAUGUAGUUUUUGUUAAUGGUGGAGUCAUAGAGGGAGCCAAAAAAAUGCAGCUGUCUGACUUGGUUGGUGGUAUCAUUGAGCCAACUCUUGAUGAGGUCAUGGAGGUGCCAAGCAGUGUGGAUCAGAGGAGAAAGUACUCAGCCAGUUUCCCCUCCCAGAGAGAAUUGAUGGAGAUUGGUCAGGUGGGAUCUCUGACCUCCCAAAGGGAGGUGGACAUACUGUCGGACAUAUUUGGCCUUAAAGUGAAGAAGGAGGGAGGUCAAUACAGACUUAUAACAAAGGACCUCACUGCCAGUCUGACUGACUUGUUCAGCACAACCUCCAGAACAACUAGCGCAGCAGAAUUUCCAGAAGAGCAUCAGAGAACGCAGUUUAAGACCAGCGGUGCCUCGGAGGAAAAAGCAGAAGAUGAGAAAAUACCUGAGUUAGAUGACACAAAAGUGAAGGACUUGGAGGCGAAGACUGGGAAUGAGAAAGCAAAGGCAGAAUUGAGAGCCCGGAGAUGCUCUAAUAAGUCUGAGGAAUCAAAAAGCCAACAUUCUGCCUUCUGGGAGAUGAUAAGCACUCAUAACAAGAGUCUGCUGAAUUACUUUGCAAGGAAUUUUUAUAAUAUGCGCCUUCUGGCUCUGUUCGUGGCCUUUGCAAUCAACUUCAUCCUUCUCUUCUACAAGGUCGCAUCCUUGCCUCCGAUGCCAGAGAGGCAAAAUGCGAUCUCAUCUGUUCACAGUGAAGACCUGGACUCUGCUGCUGUGGAGGACAAUAGAAGCGGAGUUUAUUUUGUGCUAGAGGAGAGCAGUGGAUAUAUGGAACCAUCGCUUCAUUUCCUGGCUGUAGUGCACACAAUCAUUUCCUUUUGUUGUAUUAUCGGCUACUACUGCCUCAAGGUACCACUGGUGAUCUUCAAACGUGAGAAAGAAGUGGCGCGAAGGCUGGAGUUUGACGGGCUGUAUGUGACAGAGCAGCCCCCUGAGGAAGACAUCAAAGGGCAGUGGGACCGACUGGUCAUUAACACACCAUCAUUUCCCAGUAAUUACUGGGAUAAAUUCGUGAAAAGGAAGGUACUGGAUAAAUAUAGUCAGUUUUAUGGCUGUAAGAAAAUAAGUGAGCUCCUGGGUGUGGACCAAACUGCUUUAGACUUCAGCGCAGAAAAAAAGGAAAGAAGGCUUAGGAGGGAAUCCUGGAGUUCUCUAUUUAAUUCCAUUGACAUGAAAUACCAGGUCUGGAAACUAGGAGUCGUUUUCACUGAUAAUUCCUUUUUGUACUUGGCCUGGUACAUGAUCAUGUCAGUUCUGGGUCAUUAUAACAACUUCUUCUUUGCGGCCCACCUUUUGGACAUUGCCAUGGGCUUUAAGACACUUCGUACCAUCCUUUCCUCUGUGACACACAACGGGAAACAGCUGGUCCUCACUGUAGGCCUCCUGGCUGUUGUGGUUUACCUCUACACCGUUGUGGCCUUCAAUUUCUUCAGGAAGUUUUACAAUAAGAGCGAUGAAAAGAACGGUGAAGACAUGAAAUGCAACGACAUGCUAACUUGUUAUAUGUUUCACAUGUAUGUGGGGGUGCGAGCGGGAGGAGGCAUUGGCGAUGAGAUUGAGGACCCGGCUGGAGAUGAGUUUGAGGUGGAGCGCAUUGUCUUCGAUAUCACAUUUUUCUUCUUUGUCAUUGUCAUCCUCUUGGCCAUUAUUCAGGGCUUAAUAAUUGAUGCCUUUGGAGAGCUCCGUGACCAGCAGGAACAGGUUAAGAAGGACAUGGAGACCAAGUGUUUUAUCUGUGGAAUAGGUAGUGAAUAUUUUGACACGGUCCCUCAUGGCUUUGAGACUCACACUCUACAGGAACACAACCUGGCCAACUAUCUGUUUUUUCUGAUGUAUCUUAUUAACAAGGAUGAAACUGAACAGACGGGACAGGAAUCGUAUGUGUGGAAAAUGUACCAGGAACGCUGCUGGGAAUUCUUUCCUGUGGGAGACUGUUUUCGUAAGCAAUAUGAGGAUCAACUAGGAUAAGAGGAAAUCUGAGAGAUCUUCAAACUCCCUAGAUAAUGUAAUCACAUGGAGGCCUUCUUGGUUGAUGCUCUUGGAUUCACCAAAUGAGCUGGAAUGAGCUGGAAUGGAAUUGUGUGUGUGUGUGUGUGUGUGUGUGUGUGUGUGUGUGUGUGUGUGUGUGUGUGUGUGUGUGUGUGUGUGUGUGUGUGUGUGUGUGUGUGUGUGUGUGCCCUAAUUGAUUUGGGAUUGUUUUUUCCUCCUAAUGUUAUACAUAUUUUAUAUUUAUGCAUGUAUGAUUUUAAUAAAUUAUAUUGUCCAAGUAUCAUUAAUAAAACAAAUAGUGAUGAUUUGGGCAGUAAGUUACACAUUUUGUGAUAAUACAACUAUUGUAUUUAGAAAAACACUGUGGCGCGUUCCUGUUCCAUGCAUUAGUUUCCCUACAUGUAUCUCCACAACACUCUGGGUUUGUCUUUAUGAAGCUCAUGUUUUGUGAAUGGAGUGAUUUGUCUUUCUAAUCACACUCUCACAUCCUUCUCCCCCGUGUGAAAUCGCGAUAAACACUCUCCCUUUGGCAUUUGCUCUCGUUGCCCUCCUCUUCUCUUUCCUCAGGCUUGUCGGUUGUGCUCAUCACUCCAGGAACCCGCUCCCCACCCCCACCUGCCCCCAUCCUUGUUUUGUAUUCAUAUUCCUUCUGCUCUUCCCUCAUCCCCACGCUCAUCUUCAUUUCUUAUCCCUUCUCAUUUCCAGCUGCAGUGUAGCAUGCCUGCAGGUCUCUCAGCACUGGUGUCCCCAGAUACAUGUUUAACUCACUGACUAAAGGA